AUGACCCAAAAACAAGGACCGCGUGAGCCCUGGACCUACAAGCUCGUUGCCAUUUUCCUAUCGCUAUCAUCGUUAAUUCGUGCUCGUGUCACUACAGAUUUUGCAAGUUUUCAGACAAAAAUGUCAAGAUAUGGAGAGACUUGUGUCUUAAAUCGACACCGUAGUCCAUAUGGCCACCAAAAUAAUCACUAUACACGUUCUAGAUCUCGCUCAAAAUCAAGAAGUCGAAGCAGAGAGAGAAGCCGAAGCAGAGAGCGCUAUUAUUCAAACAUGUAAGUAAUAACUUUACUUAAACUGAAUUGGUAAGACAUAAUCAUUCAACUUAGGUUAAGGGCGAUGUAGUUAACUGAAUGCUACUCGCAUUAAACUAAAGCUAAUUGUGAAGUCUACAUUCAACCGACUAUGAUACUUUUCGAAUGUAAUGCCCUGACUGAAUAAUGCUUACACAUCAAAAUUUCGUGUGGGGAGUUCGCCUUGAAUUGAUCCAUAUUUACUUAAAAUCUUGCAAAAUCUAACUUCUUUCAUUCUAUCCAACCAACAUAUUUAGUUAUAUUGACAAUUAAAUCAUUUUAACGCAUUUAAUACUUUCAAAACACCAGUUGAAGUAAGAAGUGACAUGAGGAGAAAUGAAUGUUAAGUCUGUCAGAUCUGUUGGCUGACGCAUAGGAAGAUGUACCUUAUUCAAAUUUAUUAUGCUUUAACUACAGGCAUCACAGGAGAAAAAGGAAACCAACACCGGAGAGCUUCAUGGAUAGGUGGGUUGCAUAUCUUGAUAUACUCAUACAGGGAAUAUGUGUUCUCAUUUAGUCUGAGUAAACAGUUAAUAAGCAAGAUGGUAAAUUUUAAGCACUGUAAUGAAUUAAAGAAACAUGAUUUUUUUUUCAUAAGCAUGGUACAAGUAAAGAAACCUGAGUCCCAAUGUUAAUGUGGAAUAUUUGGAUUCCUUGCUCCUCUAAGCUUCAGAGAAUCCCAUACUUCUCUGUAGCUCAGUGGCAAUGAACCCAGAGCUUGGGAUUCAUCUUAUCAUGAGAGUACUUAUUUCACUGUUUUACUGAGUUAAUGAGAACUGUAGUUUACCACAGAUAGAAUUUUCUGUCACUCAGUGAUGGAGCAUCAGAGCAUAGAAUUCUGUGACAGUUUUGUCCUGUGCUCAUGACUAGAUGAAUAACAUUGUUAAUUAGUAAAUUUCCUAUAUCUCACUUCAUCAUGUGUCACAAAAGAUGCAUCCUAUCCUCAUGCCUUACAAACACUCAGUCUAUAGAGUACAUUUGUACCAAUUGCAAAUUAACAUGUUCCCUGUGGAUUGAAUCAUUGUAAGAUGAUUCUUCAGAAAAAAAAGUUAUUGAACAAUUUUUUGAAUGUUCCCAACAAUUUUUUGAAGAAUACAAAAAAAAGAUAGGUCACUGUGCUUGUUUAGGAGAUAUAAUGGGCCAAACUUACCCCAUUUAUGCCUGUACUAGCAAUAAUCACCAACAUCAUUUCAUUGGUUCACAGUACAUUUUUCUGCAGCUGGAACCAAGGGUUUUUAAAGUACCACUUGAAAAAAACUUGAUAGAAAGGAAGUCUCAAGUAUAUGGAACAAUUUUAUAUACAUAAUUUAUGGAAAAUUUAUGCAAAUGUAAACAACGUUGACUCCUCAAGUCAUUCCUUUCAAGGUCAUAAUUUGCAUCCUCAAGCAAUGGGCUUCAUGCACACUUUUAGAUUAUCUUUUUUUCCCUUCAAAUAAUUUUCUUUUAAUUUCCUCCAUUUAAAGGGGAUAAACUGUACACCAAAAUUAUGCAAAAAAAGUAUAGGUCACUGUGCUCAUUCAAGAGCUAAAGACCAUCAUGCCUCUUUACUUUGCUCAUGGAUUGGAAAACAAUGCUGUGAUCUCAGAAUGAGUGCACAUUCAUUCCCCAGAUUAUGUGAUUUUUUUAUGCCCAGUACAGGAUGUAUGGUGCAAAGCUGAGGAAUCACCUUAAUUAAUCAAUUAAUCAAUAACUGACCAAGACAGAUUUUCUUCUUAUGAUACUGAUACAAUAUCAGGCAGACAAGUGACAAAAGUAAAGAAAACUAUCGAUUGGAAGAUCUUAAGUUGAUCCAAUACCAAAUCCUUCCAACUUAUGUCAUAAGAACUGUAUAAAGAACAGUAAUGAGAAUUACUGAUGAGAUUGUGGGACUGAAAAGGUUAAACUGGCCAGAAAGUGAUGGCCAGCAAUUUACUGAACCCAAGGAGCAUUACUAACAAUUUGCUUGUCAGCAACCAGAGAAGAUAGGAAAUGAUUGCAGCAAGAGUUCAAGGAGUUAGCUCAAAAACCAUGAUUAUGAUGUUAUUUUUGAUUAUUAAAAAGUCGCUUUUUGACCAUUGCAGACGUCGAAAGGAACGCGAAGAGAUCAGUGCUACUGGGGCCAUAGAAGUUUGGGGUUUGUCCCCAAGAGAACCUCCACCAGAGUAAGUUGACUGUAACAAUUAAUCAAUGAACAAAUAUUUUUGCUUGAAUUAUUGUACACAACACAGUUUCUGUGUGAAUCAUUGCUGCAAUAAAUAGAUGAAGCUCUCUUUGUAUUCUGAAACAAGAGAAAAACUUUUUUAGAGGCAGAUUUAUUGGAAUAAGCCAAUAGGAUACUUGACAAUUAAAAAAUAUAUUUCAAUGGAGAGUUUUAUUUGAAGGAGAGCAUUUAGUGUCUAUCACACCAUGUAAAUUUUGAGGUUCUCUAAUAUGAAGUUUUUUUUGUAUUUAAUAGUUCUGAUGAUGAGCUUAAUAAGAUGGCUCUAGCUGCAGACAGGAUGAAAAAGAGUAAGUAGAAAGAACCAGAGAUAGUAAUUUUUUUUCUCUGACUCCCUUUCACAAUUAAAUAACAUUAACUGAAUUAGAUUGAAAGAUUUGAAGUUAAGGGGCAACAUAAACCUUCCAGUGCCGUCAGUUAGAGCUAUUAGCAGAUUUACCCACAACCUGGCUAGUGGAAGCCCUCAACCCUUUAAGCCCCAAGAUCUGAUUGAUAAUUCUCCCCUCUAGCUGCGAUACAUCUCCUCAUAAAUUGGUUAUGAGAAUUUGGUGUAAGAUCAAGAUAACAACUUCCACCUGAUUAGUUUGAGUGUUUUCAUUACCUGUGUGCAGGUUAAUGUUUAGAUAUUUUAGGGAGAAGUUACAUGCUAAUCACUUCUAGGAGUUAAAGGGUUAAGUCUACUCACUAAUAAAUGAUCAAUAAAGCCAUCUUGGACCUCAUCAGGAAUGCUGUUUGAUUGCUGGAUGCUGUACAUACAUUAAUUGCUGUAGGCUGGUGUUUAUGUAUAUGAAGAAUUGUUAACAUUUUGGAAAUAUUUCUGUGUAGGUGAAAGUGAAAGUGAAAAGGACAGCAGUGAGGAGGAGAAAAAGAAAAAGAAACACAGGAAAUCUAGUAAAAAGAAAUCAAGAAAAAGUCGCCAUAAAAAGAAAAGGUAAGGACCUUGAGGAGUUCUUGUUGUGAACUCCAUUUCAAUAGACUGGUGCUACUCUUAGUGGACCAAUUACAUGUACUAAAGUUUAUUGGAACGGUAGGUGGUAGGUGCUAUGGGAAAAAGAUUCACUCAAUACAAUACAUUGUACUGGUAUGCACAAGCCUUUCAUCACAUGCUAAGAACUGAAUCAAAUGGAUAUUAACCUCUGACUCCCAAGAGUGACUAGUAUCGUAAGAAUUUCUCCUACAAUAUCACCCCUGAAUGCAACAUUAAGGUCACAAGAAAAAAGGAAAUGAUUACCAACUAAAGAUUGUUGAACAAAAUCUCCUUGUCAGCACCUGAGGAAACAUAUAGAGAACAAUAUGGAAGGUAUUCAUACUGGGGUUAGGGUGGAGAGGGUUAAACCAUUUUUUCUCACUCCAUAUUGUACAUUCACUACUGACUGCACAGUAUGAGCUACAUGUAUUGGUAUUGCAGAACUUGACUCAUGAGCUUCUUUUGUGCACAUCUUUUGAUUGUGUUUUGAAAAGUUGCAUGUGUGUACGCACUUUUUUUAAUGUGCUUUUCGCAUGCAUUUUGGGUCAAGUACCUCUGAGCUGUGCUGUACCAAUCGUCAUCUGACAAAGACCUCUGGUAUAGUAGUGAAGCUUUCCCAAUGUGCAUUUGAUACCUGAUUUUUAAAUUAUUAAUGGUGCUGUUAAAUAAUGAGAAAAAUUAUUGCUUUAGUGAAGCACAUGAUUUUUGGCCGGAAAAUUAUGGCUGCAAUGAAGAUUUUUACUGACUGUAUCUUUCUGUUUGGGUUUUCCUUUAUCCAGUGUCAUGUAACCAGUUUUCCAUAUUUGGAUUGUGCAUGAGGUUGAAGUUUGCAGAAUAUUAAAUGACUGUGUUGAUCUUGUCUUCACUGUUUUCUGGACUUUGGGCUGAUUCAUUACCAAGAUCACCUCAUUUACAAAAUUUACCCAUCAAAUUGAGCAAUUACUACUUGACUAAAUUUGAUUCCAACUUGUUUGACUUGUAUUUUUCUAUUCAGUAAAAAGCAUCGCAAGAAGAAGGUUCGCCAAAAGUCAAGCUCUGAGAGUGAUGAUGAAUCAGAAGGUAAGGUACUCCCAACUGAUAAAAACGAUGCACAGUUUGAAUAUCUAAUUUGACCAGUUUUUUUAAAUCAGGUGUUGUAAUACACUGUGGGUAGAGGGGCCAGAUGAGAAAGAGAAAUUUUAUUCAGUUUAAUUUGUUUCCUUUUUCAGAAGAAGAUGCUGAUGUGGAAUGGCAAGAGUCAUGGAUUGAAAAACAAAAAGGUAUUGUAAUUAAGAUUAAAUGUACGAAAAUGUCCAAUUAUGGAGUCUGUGAAGCACAUGGUUAUCCAUUUGUUCACUUUGUUGCGAUACACAUUGUAGAUAUCAAUUGCCAUCUAAAGAAAAUGAGUUGUUUCAGUAGGAAGAAAAAUUUCAUCUUUUGCAGUGUUCUCAAUGAAAUAAUUAUGGUAGAAAUGAAUAGCUUUGAAAGCCUGGAGAGCCUCCUGUUCCUGAGGAGUGCUUGUCUUUCCUGGGAAAUUUGAAAGGGUUAGACUCAUGAAGUUGCAUUUUUUGGCAUGUAAUGUAAUGAGGUCUUUUCCAAAUUAGGCUUCUUUGCUGUUCCUUGAAGUUAACCAUAAUUGAAGAAUUAAGACCUUUUCAGUAAUGUUAGAUGUAAAAAAACAUUAUCAGUGGUAAAAGCUACAAGCAGGCAGUCAGUGCAUUACAAAUGUUUAGAUCUAUCCACUACCUGCCUACUUUUGAAACUCUUGUUUUAAAAGUCUCAAGAAAUGGUUUCACUUGAGUGCAGUAGUUCAACACUUACCUGAAUUUUCCUAAUGAAAGCAAGAAGUCUUCCUUUGACUCUUAAGAGUGAUUAGCAUCAAAUUUCUCCCUACAAUAUCACUCCUGAAUCAACCAUCAAGGUCACAAGAAUAAAGGAAAUGAUCACCAACCAAAGAUUGUUAAAAGAAAUUCUCCUUAUCAGCACCAUAGGAAAAGUACAAAGAACAGUCUGGAGAAUAUACAUACUGAUGAUAGGGCACAAAGAGUUGAGGCACAUUUGAUUAAUUUGCUUUUGUGCCAUCAUAGACAAAGAUAAAGAGGGAGGCAAUGGUGUCAUUGGGCCUCUUCCACUUAUGCAAGACGCAGGCAAUCAAGACAUUACCGAGUGAGUAAGACUAUCAAGUGAUAAUAACUCUAUCAUCACAAGUACAGAUUGUGCAACUGACAUCAUGAACUUGUGAAUUGUGUCCAGUACAAAACAAUAAAACUUUCAUUUGUGGUAAAUGAACUGAAGGUACUUGUAGAUUAUGACGUGAUUUGAGAUUGGACCAGGUAAUUCAGUAACUAGGUAUUUUAGAAUUGUCAACUGAGUUGAUAACAUAAAUUGGCCACCAUGAAGUUUUUAGGGUUAGCCCUUUGUCAGAAGGGCUAAUGCUCAAAAUGUCAGCUUUGACCACCACUCUUCAUGGUGGUCAAUUUACAUUGUCAACUCAGUUGAUAAUACAAAAUUACCUUUUUAUACUCUCCCACCCAUGCACCAUCACAGUUUCUUUAGAAACUUACCCCCUUUAUUAAGUAACUAGUUGACUGUUCUGCAAUGAAUAAGAAUGGUGGACCCCAGCGAGACAAAUAUUUAAAAAGUUGUUAGAAGGAAGCCAAUUUACAUUUGUUUCUACUGGUAAGUACUCCUAUCAAAAUGGGCCAGUACUAGAGACCCCAAACACUAGAGUUUCAAAUGGGACACCAGUGUUUGAAAUCGGACACUAUUGUCCAAAACCAGAAGCUAGAGCCCAUAUUCAGACACUAGUGUCCAAAAUAAGACACUGAUGUCCAAAAUUUAACUCUAGUAUCCAAAAUCAAACAUUACUCUCCAAGUCUGGACAUUAGACUCCCAAAUCCUCCUCUAGUGACCAUCUACCUGUUUUUGUAGUCCUGAGAGGGUUUUCUGGCCUUUCUCACUCAGAAAGGUACACAUUUAUUCAGCAAUUGCUCACAGACCAAAAUGAAUAUGAUGCAUCUGAGUCACCAUCACAAAUCUUGCAUUCAUUUGUGUUUAUUUCUUUCUGUUGUUUUUCAACAGCUUUGGAGGAGCUCUGCUACCUGGUGAGGGUGAAGCAAUGGCACAGUAUGUGAAGGAAGGCAAGCGAAUCCCUCGCCGUGGUGAGAUUGGGCUCACAAGUGAUGAGAUUGCUACAUUUGAAUCAUCUGGUUACGUGAUGAGUGGAAGCAGGUAUGAUAGCGUAUCUUAAUCAGUCAGUAAGAGUAUUUUAAAGCCUUCUGUGCUAAAGUUAUCUCAAAAAUCUUGUUACUAAAAGAAGUAGUGCUAAAAGUAACACACUCCACUUUAUCCAGAGAGACUCAGGAACAACAGCAUUGUGCGUGUGUUUGUCAAAUCAUGUCACCGCUAACUAUUUGUGUUUUCUCUCUGUACAUGAAAGUUUAUUGUGUUCUUUACAUUGCUGCUGAUUUGUCUGCAAUAGUUUCUUUUAAAUUAUCCUUUACAGACUAGUCAAUUUGCUGGUCAGCUUUUGCUUUUACUUGAUAAGUUCCUUUUAGGCCACAGACUUAAAUUUACUGAGAAUGAAUGUUGCAGUAAACAAGACUAGUUCUUGUUUAUCUUGCUUGGUGGAGUACCAAAAAAUGUGAAACAAGAAACAACAAAAGUUUAUAUAAAAAGCAGCACAUACAAGUUAACCAUCCAACAAUGGUUUUAGCAACACCUUUCCCAUUUACUUUCCUCACACUGAAUGUAGUUUCACCAACACAACGUAUAUAAAGAGAAAGCUUAUAGGCUGAUGGAACUAAACUUCCCUGGGAAUACCACUUAAAGUGAACAGUUCUUAAUUCCAUUGUGAAAAAAAAAAAGAAAAAAAGAAAAACAAACAUGGAAGCUUGCAACUCUAGCCCAUCUGUUUGAGUUUUAGAGUUGAAUGACUUAAAUUAUUUUUUGUCUCUUCCAGGCAUCGUCGCAUGGAAGCUGUACGUUUGAGAAAAGAGAACCAGAUUUACAGUGCAGAUGAGAAGUGAGUGAAUGUGCUUGUAGAUUGUUAUUUGUCCAUAGCAUCAGGUGGUAUUUUUCUUGAUUCCAGCCAUUCACUGCCUUGUAACUUUUUUUUUUACUUCUUGUUAACAGGCGAGCAUUGGCUAUGUUUAACUAUGAAGAACGAUCCAAGAGAGAAAACAAAAUCUUGUCAGACUUCAGGGAGAUGAUUCAUCAGAAAAUCAACAAAAAGAAAUAGUUGUUUCUCUAGCUAUCUUAGCUUCCUCCAGUUCCAACUGCUCUUUCCAGUGUUGCUUGAUGAUGGGCAGGCAUAACAAACAUUGGCACACAAGUAGCAGAAAAGGAAAUGAGAGAAAGUCCUACCCAUAGACAGCCAAAGAAAUGCUUUUGCAUCAUUCAGAAUCACUGCAUUCUUCUUUUGUGGUCCUGGUUGCUCAGGCAGACAGUGCUAUUUACUGGAUUAAUCUCUUUCUAGUGGAUAGCACAGAACCUUUUUGUAAACACCUACAUGUAUCUACUGGAUAACAAUAAUUCAUCUGUUGGAUAGCAUUAUCCAUCCUUUGAACAACUGGGCUGUAGAGUGUGUACUAUGGAGGCCUUGAUGUUCAUGUAUGACAAUUCUGGAUUACAGGUUACAAGGAAUCUCUAGGUCAUAAUGACUAAAUUUUCUUGUUGUAAAAAUGUCAACCAGGCUGCAGUUUGUUUUAUUGACUCAAUGGAGCUAUCAGAGAAAUAAUUCAGGUGUAACCUAAACAAUUUUUUAAGAUUUUUUUGUUUUUUUCUAUUUUACUAAAUUAUGAGAUAAAUUGCAAAAGCUUUAUACAGACAAAGGUUUCACCAUGAAAAGUUUCACUUGUAAGUUUAAGUGGAAUUAAGUCAAGUGCAAUUCUUAUGUCAUUGAUAACAAGCUGACUGGCUGGAUAUAGCACACAUACAAGCUUAAAGGAUAUAACCUGAUAUUGUAUAAUAUAUAUGACUGUAUAAUAGUAUACUUACAAAUUUGAGCUGUGUUUAACUGUGAAUUUGAAGUACAGAAUUUUUGCAAGUGUUUUAUUGCCUACUUCAAAACAGAGCAACAAAAGAGUGCAAUGAAUAAGAACUCACACAAUUUCAAAGACAACAAGAAGCUGAUCUUUCAUUGAAAGUAGGUUACAGACAG